UCUCGCAAAACCAACCCGGCCGGUGUGUUUCUGAAGUCCGCGUAAUGGAGGAACCAAACUCUAAUAAAUAAGUCAGCUUGCAAAAAAGAAAAAAAAGAACAACAGCUACAAGUCUGUGAAGAUAUAUAUCAAAAGAAACAAACAAAAAAAUCGCGAAGAAAACGCUUCCAGGAUGGGCUGCAUUGGGUCCAAGAAGGAGCAGGAGCCUGUGGUCAAAGAGCUGGAUCAGGACGACUCAACACAGGCACCACACUAUGUCAAAGACCCAACGUCUGGGAAGAAGCCUAACAGGAAACCCAGCAGCUUUAAUGGCCCAGCCAGCGCUGAAGAGAACAUUGUGAUCGCACUGUAUGAUUAUGAAGCCAUUCAUGAUGGAGACCUUGGCUUCAAGAAAGGAGAGAAACUGAAAGUCCUCGAAGAGUCUGGAGAGUGGUGGAAGGCACUGUCUAUCAGUACUGGACGGGAAGGCUUCAUCCCAAGGAACUAUGUGGCCAAAGACACCCUGGAGACUGAAGAGUGGUUCUUCAAAGGUGUGAGCAGGAAGGAUGCAGAAAGGCAGCUUCUGGCAUCUGGUAAUCAAGCUGGAUCCUUUAUGAUCCGUGACAGUGAGACCAACACAGGUAGCUACUCACUGUCAGUGAAAGACAGUUCUAGUCAGAAUGGUGAUACAGUGAAGCAUUACAAGAUCCGCUCCCUGGACAACGGAGGCUUUUAUAUCUCACCCAGGAUCACCUUUAAUGACUUACAAGAGUUGGUUAGCCACUAUAAAAAACAGGCUGACGGGCUGUGCCACACCCUGUCGGUGCCCUGCAUAAACUCCAAACCACAGCAGCCAUGGCAGAAGGAUGCCUGGGAGAUUCCUCGAGGGUCCUUGAAGCUGGACAAGAAGCUGGGUGCAGGACAGUUUGGGGAGGUCUGGAUGGCCAUGUACAAUAAGCACACGAAAGUAGCGGUGAAGACCAUGAAACCAGGCAGCAUGUCAGUGGAGGCCUUCCUAGCAGAGGCUAACUUGAUGAAGACCCUGCAGCAUGACAAACUUGUCCGGCUUCAUGCCGUGGUCACCAAGGAGGAGCCCAUCUACAUAAUCACAGAGUUCAUGGAGAAAGGCAGUUUACUGGAUUUCCUGAAGAGUAACGAGGGUAACCAAGUCCCAUUCCCUAAACUCAUUGACUUUUCAGCCCAGAUCGCAGAAGGUAUGGCCUACAUUGAAAAGUGCAACUACAUCCACAGAGAUCUGCGAGCUGCCAAUAUCUUGGUCUCCAAAUGCUUAGUGUGCAAGAUUGCAGAUUUUGGCCUGGCCCGCAUCAUAGAGGACAAUGAGUACACUGCUAGAGAAGGUGCAAAGUUCCCUAUUAAGUGGACUGCUCCAGAGGCAAUCAACUAUGGGUCCUUCACCAUCAAGUCUGACAUCUGGUCUUUUGGCGUCCUUCUGACUGAGACCAUCACCUACGGCCGCACACCUUACCCAGGAAUGACAAACCCAGAGGUGAUCCGCUCCCUGGAGAAAGGGUACCGCAUGCAGCGCACCGACAACUGUCCCAAGGAGUUGUAUGACAUCAUGUUGGAGUGUUGGAAGAACAGGCCAGAGGACCGGCCCACCUUCGAGUACCUCCAGAGUGUUUUGGAAGAUUUCUACACAGCGACGGAAAGCCAGUACCAGCAGCAGCCAUGAGGCUGAUGUGCACAACCAGUGGGUCUCAUAUGGGCAUAUGGACAGAACACACACAAACACACAAACACACACACACACACACACACACACACUUAUCCCCUUAUAUUUUACAUGCAAAAUCAAAUGAGGGAUGUUACAGAUAAGUGACACAUGUCUAAGCUCUAUAUAUAUAUAUAAAUAUACAGCACAGUGCAAAAGGCUUAAUCAUUCAGUAUGUCAGUGGGAUAUCCAGGGAGUGUAACAUACCCAUUAAUUUGUUUGGCUAAUCAGCACUUUAGGAAUUAAAUAGCUGCAUUUUACCUUUUUCUUUAUUAUACUGGUCUUGUUCAUCAGUCAUUUGAGGAUAUUUAUAUUUCAGCACUGCAUAUUCAGUUAGUCAAGUAUCUUAAAGACUUAGACUCUUCUGUACUCUAUGUCAUGUUUCUGUGAUGAAAUACAUUGUGCAUUACAGCAGGGCAGCCCAAGUGGCUAUUAAUUCAAAGUGAUAAAGUUAUUUAAGGGUUUUACAGCCUAUAUUAGGCUUCAAAGUCAUGUCCCAUUACAAUAAACCAUAAUUUGAGCUGAGUGAGCCAGGGUCAAGUGCUGAUGCCCUUAUAUUGCAAUCUUUCUUAUAUUAAUAAAUGGAAAAUAAAAGAUCAUGCCAUUCUUCUGUUUCCAGCUGAGAAACAGCAUUUUUGUGCUAUUUUUGACUUUAUGUGAACUUGAGUACUGUGAUAUAACAGCUGAAAGGUGCUUCUGAUUUAUUUGAUGGAAAUGUAAUAUUUUCUCUCCACAACCCUACACUGCUUAAAAGGCUGGCAGAUUAAUAGAUACUGUCUUCUUGUUUUUGCUUUUGAAAAAUUUAUAUUAUAUAUUUAAAUAUGGCAUUUGUCUUGUUAUCCCCCACUCAACAUUACAUACUUUUAUGGACAAAUAAAUUUGGAAACUAUAAAAUCUA